AUGACCCGAACGGACCCACCGGAUCUGCUGGUGUCGACCGUAUACCAGGACAUCAAGGUGGCCGCCCCGGGCCCCGCAGCCAGUGGCCCACCAUGUGAAAGCCCAAUGUCCCGGCCCGCGGCUCCUGCGCCCUUCAACAAGCGCCACUGCCGCAGCUUUGAUUUCUUAGAGGCGCUGGACGGGCCCGCCAUGGAACCUCGCGGACCCGAACGGCACCAGCAAGAGGUGCCUCCUGUGGUGCAGCGCUGCGGCCCACCUGGCCCUGAGCCUGCCCGGCCCCGCCACCGCGGUAAGGAUGGGGAGCCCAAGCGCCGGGCCCGCUCCAAAAGUGCUCCCAGGGCCAAGACCAACCUCGUACCAGCUGCGGUGCCCGCCUCACCCCCAGUCACUCGGAGGGGUCGUGAAGUACUAAGGGCCCCGCCCCGUGAGCCGCCGUCUCCAAGGCGAGAGCCCACCUACCCCGCCAUGCGUGCGCUGGCCAACGAACUUCACCCUAUUAAGCUGCAGCCUCAGCGCAGUAGUGCUAGUCGUAUCUCCCCGCUCUGCCCAGCCAGCCGCUGCGCUCCUCCACCGGAAGAGCCCCCUCGGGCCCCAGCGCCGGCCCCCCACGUACGCUGCCGGGUAGAUAUCAAGCCUGAUGAGGCGGUGCUGCAACACGCCGCCCGUGGAUCUCGCUCUGUCCCCCCAGUAGAGAGUCAGGCCUGGGCACGGGUGCCCUUACCUCCCCGGGGGCUCACAGUGCCCGGUCCUCGCCACAUGGUGCUGUCGCGCACGCCCACGCCAAGUGACUCCUACAGCGGGGAACCACGGGCAUUGUUCUGCGAUGGUCCCUUCCCCGGGCCGCCCUCCCGCGACUAUUCUGAACGAGGUUGCCCUCCUUUCACUGCCCCGCCUGGCCCCACUAAGUUUUUCUACACGGAAGAGCCCAGCGGCUAUUCAACGGUCCCAACCCAAGCCUUCGAUAGCUAUGGCACCCGCUCUUACCCCGGGCACGGCCUCCAGCCCUACUACUCUGAGGAACCCCAGGGGCCCAGCCCCCCACGGAGCUACUACGUGGAGGAAGCCCGUACCUACCCCAUCCAGGAGCCCCCCACCCGUUCCUACUACGGGGAAACCCCUCGUUGUUACGGUCCCCGCUUUGGAGAUGAUCCCCGCUACAUAGAGGAUUCUCGAGCUUUCUCCUCUCGCCUUUUCUACACUGAGGACUAUACUAAGUACCGCGAGCGAGAUGCCCUAUCCAGGACUUACCCGCACCCCCGUGGGGGAGGCCAGUCCUGGGGCGAUUGGCAACCCCUCCCCUAUCGCACCCUACAAGUUGCCCCCCUACCACCUCCUGGCCCCGGGGCACUACUCUCCUCUUGGCAUGGAGGCACUGGCACCAGCCCGCCUCGGUUAGCCACAGACAGCCGCCACUAUUCUCGCUCGUGGGAUAAUAUCCUGGCGCCUGGCCCACGCCGAGAGGACCCUCUGUGCAGGGGCCGCAGUUAUGAAAACCUGCUGGGCCGGGAGCCAAGGGAGUCCCGGGGCCUCUCCCCCGACGGCCGACGGCCUCCUGUUGUGGUCAAUUUGUCCAGCUCUCCCAAACGCUACGCGGCUUUGUCGCUGUCUGAGACGUCCCUGCAGGAAAAGGGCCGGGCUGGGGAGGGACCGAGCCGAGCCUGGUACGUCACCCCAGAGAUCACCAUCACGGAUAAUGAUCUGCGAGCAGCGGAGCGGCGGGCAGGGGGCUGGGAGCACCUUGGAGGCCGCCCCCCUCCACCGAUCCCCCGUCCCCCGGCUCGUGACGGCCCUGCCUCAGCUCGGCAGCGCAGCCUGGAGCAGCUAGACGAGCUUAUCACCGACCUGGUCAUUGACUCCAAGCCACCUACAGGUCCCACGCCCCCGGACAGUGAUAGCCUGGGUCGCCAGCUACGCCGCCUCCUGAGCGAUGGGCCAACCCGGGGACCGCCCGAGCCGGAGCUGGGGCUGGAACCCGAAGCCGAGCCGGAGCCCGGGUCGCCUACCAGCCCGGAUGUCCCACGCCGGGACGAGACGGCUGGCGGCUCCCCGGAGCUGAGUGCGGACGAGGACGACCUUAUGACGUGUUCCAACGCCAAGUGCCGCCGUACUGAAACGAUGUUCAACGCCUGCCUCUACUUCAAGUCGUGCCACAGCUGCUACACCUACUACUGCUCGCGCCAUUGCCGCAGGGAAGACUGGGACGUACACAAAGCCAGCUGUGUCUACGGCCGGGUGGGCAGCGUGUGCCGCCACGUGCUCCAGUUCUGCCGCGAGAGCCCUCCCGUGCAUCGUGCUUUCUCGCGCAUCGCGCGUGUAGGCUUCCUGUCGCGCGGCCGCGGGGUCCUCUUCCUGGGCUUUCCCAGCCCCGGUUCGGCCGAGAAUUUCCUGCAAUUCGGCCUGGAGAGCUUGCUGAUGUCGCCCACUUACUUGUCUCUGCGCGAGCUGGGCGGCUACGCGGACCCGCUGGGCGGCUACGGGCAAGAGCUGCAGGCUGCCGGGCGUCAGUACGAGCCAGCGGAGUGCUUCUUGCUCAACGUAACCGUAGCAGUGGGACCCGACGUGCCGGCCCGGCCGUCGCCCAAAAGUCCAGUGCCCACUGUGCGCAAGUUCGCCAAGGUGGCCUUGGCUACACCCGGGAGCCCCGAGCGACGGCGGCGUGCACCUCGGCGAGAGCCCGAAAUGGAGACACUGAUCCUAACGCCGCCGCCUGGAACGGCGGGUCUGGGCCAGGAAGGCGAGGCAGGACGGCGUGCACGCGAGGUGGCCUUCAUCCACAUACAGCGCGAGCUGCGUCUGCGCGGGGUCUUCCUGCGCCACGAGUACCCGCGCAUCUAUGAGCAGCUCUGCGAGUACGUGGAGGCCAACCGGCGUUUCACCCCCACCACCAUCUACCCCACGGACCGCCGCACUGGUCGACCUUUCAUGUGCAUGAUCAUGGCCGCCUCCGAACCCAGAGCCCUCGAUUGGGUGGCCAGUGCCAACCUUCUCGAUGACAUCAUGUGA